AUGCAGUACCGCAUUCUUUUUACUGCCUUUGUUUUUGGCCUCGGCACCACUGCCCUGGCUAGUCUACCCCCAACAAACAGUAAAUGGGCACAGCUGCGUCUGUACGGCAGUCCCGGCUGCGAUGCGAACAAUCUGCUUGAACUCGGUGUAUACGGAAGCCAGAAGAACACGUGUAUCUCCUUGGAUCAGUACGGCGCUAUUGAAGCCGUGAAUAUUACCUCUAUCUUUGAUGAAUGCGAGUUGUAUCUCUACGAGGACGCGGGAUGUGCGGUGGAAGAGCGUAUUGGGAUUAGCGGUUGUGUUAGCGGGGAUAGCCCGUAUAAGGGACUUGUGUUGGCCUGUGAUGUCUGA